AUGGCGAAUAAUACCAACAAGUAUUUAAAUUUACCCGUAUCUAGAGUUAAAGUUAUUAUGAAAAGUUCACCACAAGUUGAAAAUAUCAGUAACGAAUCUAUUUAUUUAGUCGCAAAAGCGACAUAUUUAGCACAAGAAUCAUUAAUGUACGGACAAAACGUUAAUGAAUUAAAAUAUGAAAGUAUAGCACACAUUGUUAAUAAUGAAUCAAAAUUUGAAUUUUUAAAAGGUUUACUUCAAUUUAAAGUUUACUGUCAAUUUGUUUACAAGUAA